AUGCGGGCCUUUGCACAUCAACAACACUGCAGAUCCACCUUUAUUCUGCCGUCAUAUGUGACUGCUAACCACCAAUUCCUGGCGGAAGCUGGUGCUGAAAACUUCCCAGAUGGCUUUGAGUUUGAAUUUUGGGAGGAACGUGAUGCACUCCCCGCUGAAGCUCUACCGUAUCCGGUCCACCCACUUCCUCUUUCACUGCAACAACCCAUAGAAUGGGAGUUUCAAUUGACAGAUGGUCCUCCUCCAGUAUCUUCAUCAUCAGAGAGCUCUAACAGUCCGGUUGACGAUGGAUGUGUACCCACUAAUUCACCGGUGCUGAUUGAUACUGAAGCGAUGGAUAUCAGCAUCUCCCUCUCGCCAGCUGAUGAUACAGAACCAGCAAUUGAUGUUGACUCAUCUCCUCUUAAAAUUGGGCCUUGGUUAAAGGGUCCACUCUGGUUUCUUGAGGCUGCAGCAGCUCGACUACUCACUGAACCAGAUCUGGCCCAUUUCCAAGGCCAACCUCCCUCAAUACAAUAG